AUGCUCACAGAGCGCCAUAUCCAAGGCUUACGCUCUCCAAACUCAACCACAAAAGAACGCGUCGAAGCCUUUGUUGCGCAGAUGAGGCCGUCCAGUCCAAGCGCAAGCCUAGACUCACUACACUUCUCAUCACCGACAGCCUCACAGCGCCAGCAAGCUGAAGCGGCAGCAACACAAGCCAUGUCUUGCUCACCCAAACAGCCGCAAGAAGUGCUAGAGCAUAGACCAUCACCAGCACACUCAGCGACACUCAGUCCGCCUGACGAGCCUGGCAAGCGCAAACCUCCUUCAGAGGACGGUUCUCUUCUUCAACCAUACUACGCCCUCGCACACUGCCAGCUCGUCCCAGAUGCUUGCGCAACACAACAUACAAUCGACUCGAUACAGCACAUCAGCACACCACAGCCCUAUCAACGUCGACCGCGCGCAAAACCACGCAAGAGAGAUGCAGAUGGUCGUAUCCUUCCCAAGACACCGCCACCGAAAGGAACCCGCACACGACGCCCUAAACCAGCGACUAUUUUGGCAAAGAAAUCAACAUUACCUGGUGCAUCACAACCAUCGAGAUUCGUCAAUACAAGUCGGCGUGUCACGCUGCCGCAAAAGUAUUCAAGCAUGUCAAAACACGCUAAAGCAGGCGGUGUUCCAGAUUUGACAUUUCCAAGCAUGCAGACUUUUGCGAGACGAACAGAUGAUGCAACGUUGCCAGUACAGGAGAAUGCACCAACUUCACGUUCAGCAACGCCUAUUACUUGGUCGAAAUCACCCUCGAUACGUGAACCGAGCGCGUUGCCAUUCCUUGCCUCUGUGCCGGCGGUCGGUUCAACGAGAUUGACGCAUCCACCUCCUACCUUGCUGCAGUCAGCAGUCCAUCGCCCAAGCGUAGAGAGGCAAAGCAGAUCUGCCGUCAUGGUUUCCUCAGAGCCACCUGGUAUCGACGCAAGAGACGAAAGAGCUCUACCGAGAUAUCCACUUAGAAUCAGGACACCACCGUCACCUGUCCUGCCAAAUAUCUUUACGCAUCGCCGCUUACCCACGCCAAAGCCAGUGCAGCACUCGCACGCUACCGUGGUAGAGUACGAUCCUGGCUAUGCCAUCCAUGCAAUGCGAGCCUACCCAAACGAAUCGUAUAGAGCGUCGACUGCUCAUGGACGGCAGUGCUCCGAUCUCGAGUAUGACUGCGAAGAGGAGGAACACCUUACACAGAGCGAUUUCUAUCCGCAAACGGCACAGUCAGAGGCGCCGGUCGCUUUCUGGAGACCCUUUCGACGUGGCUAA